AUGGCACCGAACCUCAUCACUGGCACCGUCAAGCCCACUGGAAAGCCGACCGCUGGUCAAUCAACACUCGGACACCUCUUCGGCAGCAAAGGCAAUUUCGAAAGCCAACUCCGCCGACAAGAGCAAGCGCUUGGUCGCGAAGAGGGCCGCCUCGCAGUUCUCCAUUCAAGGCACGAUGCCAUCGACAGCAUGAAGAGUCAACUCGCUGCGAACGAAGAGGUUGCAAGAUCCCACAAGAUGAUCGAAGAAUGGCUGCAAGAGCAGGCAAACGUGGUUUACCAGCUCGCAGCAAUCUUCAACAAGCGCAGGAGUCUUGCAGCACCUGCGGAUCUGCAGAUCCAGUUUACUGAAAUGCAGUUUGCUGCCCAUACAAGUUUGCGACAACUCUUCACUGGUGAGCACGCCCUCGAUGCCGCACCAAUGAAGCACUUCAAAGAAGAAAAGGUGAAGCUGUUGCGCGAAGUGAAAGAAGUACGCAAAGAGAACGAACAAUUGGAAGCGGCAGCAAGAGCCCGAGAAGCAGAAGACAAAGCCAUAAGAGAAGAAUUGGCAAGCGCAAAAGCCGAAAUAGCAAGCCUCAAAGACACCGCAAAAAUGAGCAUGUCGAUCAAAUCGGAAUUCCGCGACGCGAACGAGAACCUCCAAGCACACGCCGCCAACCUCGAGCAAAUGCGCAAAGAAGAAAACGAACGCGCAAACAAGACAGAAGCGAUAUUGGCAUUGCGCGACCAAGAACUCGUCGCCAUGAAAGAACGUGCCGAGACGGCUGAAGCCAAGCGAGAAUCACUCCGAGAAAAGCUUGAGGACGCGAAGGAACAAACAAUAGAGGCGAUGCAAGGCAAGAUUGUGGCGGAUAAAAGAGUGAAGGAGUUGAAGAAGGAGCGCAUCCAGGCGCAGGACAGGGAAAAGGCCUUGCUAGCUACGAUAAGUCAGCAGGCAAAGGAGAGAGAGUUGGAGAGAUUGGAGCAGGAGAUGGGUUCGCAGGCGCAGCUGCAGGAGAACCUUAAUACUUUCGAGGCAGUUUUCGAGGAGGGUGGAUCGGCGGGUGAUGCGGCGGCGGCGUUCUUGCGUGAGUCUAGUUAG